UCCCUAUCAUUUGACGUUUUGUCGUCGAAGAGUCAGGUUACCAGUUGUAUCUGCUGAAAAUCUUGUUUAUGAGUUCAUCCCACGAUUUAUUGUGCAUGUGUGACAUUUGGAAAUUCUGGAUAAAACUCAUUGUUCUGAAGUCAGUGUAUUCCUUUUCAACCUUCGAAGAUUCUUUGAAGACUUGUCCUCAAUCUGGAGCAGACAUUUUGAGUACAUUACUCAUUCUUAGAAGGAAAGCUUAUUUGGCCGUCUCUGUAUGAUUUCAUGACUUUACCUCGUGUUGAUUCUAAAAGAAUCAAUCAUGUUUUCUCUAAGUUUCAAUAAUGACAAGUCUAAUCACAGAGUGCGAGAUGCUAGUAAUAAUAAAGACUCUCCCGUGUCAGAACCUAAUCGGUCUUUCUUAAAUGGAGACAUAUCUCUCUCAUUCAAAAUUGUGAUUGUGCCAACAUCUGACACAGGCUCUUUCCAACACAGCUCCAUGUGCUCAUUAAAACUCUUUGAGGAUAAAUCAAAAUCAAAUCGUAGCAAUGAUGAAUCUUCAGAAUACACAAGCAUUAGGUCCAACAACCAUGGCAACAGCAGCACACGGGCAUUCCUCUGCCUUGGAUUGAUCUUCAUUGCGGCCGUCCUGGCCAUCGGAGUCCUGUAUCUCAGCUUUCCUAACCUCGAUCAAGAAGAGAAGCAACAUAUCAAAUUGCCUCGUGAUAUAGAAGAUGCCAAGAGUCUGGGAAAGGUGCUUUCAAGAUAUAAGGAGCUGUAUUAUUACCAAGUUUUAUUUGGUUACUUCAUCACCUACAUAUUCUUGCAAUCAUUUGCCAUUCCUGGGUCUAUAUUUCUGAGUAUUCUUUCUGGGUUUCUGUUCCCAUUCCCAUUAGCUCUCACUCUAGUCUGCCUGUGUUCAGCAACAGGAGCCUCAUUUUGCUACCUACUGUCCUACCUAGUUGGAAGAGCAUUAGUCAACAAAUAUAUACCAGAAAGAGUUAGUGAAUGGUCAUCUCAUGUUGAGAAGCAUAGACAGCAUCUGUUGAAUUACAUUAUAUUUCUACGGAUAACACCAUUCUUACCCAACUGGUUCAUCAAUAUUACAUCCCCGGUCAUAAAUGUACCGCUGUUUCCAUUCUUCGUGGGAACUUUUCUGGGUGUAGCACCACCGUCUUUUGUGGCAAUCCAGGCGGGAACUACCCUACAACAGAUGUCAUCAUCAGGUGAUGCAGUGUCUUGGACAUCUAUGAUUGUUCUGGCACUUUUCGCCAUUCUUUCACUUCUGCCCGUUUUCUUCAAGCGAACACUGCAGAAGAAAUUCGAUUAACAACAACUGUCUGUUAGGAUAAUUGAGACAUAAAGUUCUGCUGAACCAACAUUGGUCCAAACCGUAUGUGUUCAAAAACGAAUUUGACAAUUUCUCAUUUACUAGACAUCAAAUUUGUCAACUACAUAACACUUAGUAUAUCCUAGAACUCUUGGUAUUUCUUCAUCUUAUAUUCAAUUACCAUAAGUGUUGUUCACGAAGAGCUUUGUAUUGUAAAUUGUCAUCACAGUAGACUAGAAAUCAUUGAAUAUAAACAUGUUAAAGCUGUAGUAUAUUAAGGGAUACAACAUGGGGGUACUUGAGUCAUUUCUUUGAAGAUUUGUGUAAUGAUAUGACCAAUCUUUCUUGAACCGCAGAUGAGCAAUUGCCAGUGUUUGGACCAAUUUGGCUCAGCAGAAUUAUUUAUUCGUAUUUUGUUCUGAUUUUGUUGUUGUAAUGAUUGGUUUUGUCUUCAAUCUAGCAGCAGUUGGUCUUUUAUUUGAGAUGGUUCUGUCUUUGAAAGCAUCCUCCCAUAACAGGUCUUCGUAUCAUUCUUAAAAUACACUCAACCGAUCUUUGUGUGAGUGUAUUUUAGAACAAUCUGACAGCCUGCUAUGGGAGGAUGCAUGUUAGGUGCUUUCUUACGUACCACACUGGGCUAAUGUUCAACUCCAUGCUACAUGUAGGUCGACAAAGGAAAAAAUGCUAUGCUAUGGUAUGGUAUUACGAAGUGGGAAGAAUACCAUGUAAGGUAUUGUUGAUAUGAUUAUUUUGUGGUGUUUUAUACCCAUAAGGGUGAAUCUACGGGUUACUCUGUUUGACUUGUAAAAGCUGAAGGACUGGCAGCUGCAGGAAAUCUGUAUUGUUGUUUUAAAAGUCCCUGUUUAGAAAUAACUGGGAAUCUCUGAAGGAUGCCACGUGGCAUUUCAAAUAAAACCUAUGUAACUAUUGAUUGAAUACUGAAAGGAUGCUACAAUAUUGAAACAAUACAACUGGCCUGUAAUUUAAGAGACGUGCAGUUGUCAGUCUAAAGGUUGUUUGUGAAUGGUAUGCAUGUAGUUGAUGGGGAUGAGUCAAUAUACAAAUUGUUUUUAUAUUUUUGUCACAAACUUUGCCAACUACAUUGGCCAGUGUCUCCUUGAUGUAGUACUGACAAUGUACAAAAUUAUUGUCUGAAUAAUCUACCAAGUGUUCUUACCUGGAGCAUAACCUGCUUAAAAUGCAGCUGAAUUGGCCUCAAUAGUGCUCUGCUCUCGGGUUACCCCGAUCUCAGACUAAAUUCUGCAAUAUGUGGCAAAGACUUCAUGUCAUUCUUGUCUGAGUUAUGAUGUUAUUUUGGUCGUCAUUUCGUAUUUUCAUGCUGUGAGGGCAAAGCGCUUUUGAUGAUGCCGUCAGUAACACACAGAACAGUCAAAGAUGUCUGCUUUUAAUGUAAGUGUAAAAGUCGUUCUUCACUGUCACUACGGGUCUCCACUGAUUCGCUCUGUGGUAUUUUGGCUGUGUAUCCAUAGGCUGUUUCCUUGUUAGUCUGUGGACUUGUGACAUUCUUUCAAUUGUCUCCAUAGCAUGUUCCCUGGUACAAAAAUUGGGAACGUCUAACAGGACAAGCAAAACUUCACUUUGGCAUGGCCUGUCACAAGCAACACUGAACAAGGUUAGACUGCACAAGCAAUCUAGGGUAACACUGCCUUAAGGAGCUGCUUCUUCAGUGCUCAAACGAGCUUCGAUUGUGUAGGGUUCAUACGCGGAGAAAAUAUUGUCAGUUUACCUUAUUAUUUAUGUGAAUGUAUGUCUGUAUAAUGUCAAUAAAUUAUUGUCAAGCCUUUCUAAA